GCUCCGGCCCGGCUCCGCCUCAGCUCGGGCCCGGCUCCGCCUCAGCUGGGCCCGGCGCGCUCUCGCUCCGCCCCGCGCGGCCUCCCCGGCGAUGGGUGCAUGCAAGCCCCCCAACUUCUCAUGGGUGGUCGAGGGGCGGCUGGCGGGGCUGGCGAUGCCACGGGAGCCGGGGCACUACCGGUACCUGCGGGAGCGCGGCGUGCGACACCUGGUGUCCCUGACCGAGCGGGCCCCGCCCCACCACGGCUGCUGUCCCCAAAUCCAGCUCCACCGGCUCCGCGUGGCCGACUUCACCCCCCCGAGCCCCGAGCAGAUCCAGAGUUUCCUGCAGAUCGUGGAGGAGGCCAAUGGCCGCGGGGAGGCCGUGGCAGUGCACUGCAUGCUGGGCCAUGGCCGGACGGGCACGCUGCUGGCCUGUUACCUGUGCAAGGAGCAGCACCUGGCUGCCGGUGAUGCCAUCCGCGAGAUCCGGCGCCUCCGGCCCGGCUCCAUCGAGACUGCAGAGCAGGAGCAGGCCGUGCUCCGCUUCUGCCAGUGCCUGUGCACUGGCGAGGAGACCUGAGCACGUGGAUGGCAUCCGUGGAAUUGGGCACCUCAAAGUGCCAGGCAUGCCCAGCCCCGACUGUCCCUUCCUGCAUUAAAGGACUGGCCUGUG